CUAUUAUUCUUAACCACACAUACUCUUAUUAUCUCUAUUUCUCUCUUUCUUUUCUACCUCUUGGUGUAAUUUCAUUUAAAAAAAAAAAAAAAAAAACUAAUUUUCUCAUUCCAAAACUACAAAUGGAAGUAACUAUAAUAUCAAUAGGAAUUUCGUUGGUUUGUGUUGUAUUGGUAAGUGUAUCAUGGUUUACAUUAAAUUGGCUAUGGUUAAAGCCAAAGAGACUAGAGAAAUGCCUUAGGAAUCAAGGGUAUAAAGGUAAUUCUUACAGGCUAUUGCAUGGUGACACCAAAGAUAGAGCUUCUAUGACUAUUGAAGCUAGAUUAGAGCCUCCUUUGCCACUUAUGUCCAAUGACGUUCUUCCACGUGCCCUCCCCUUCUUCAAUCAUACUCUUAACACACAUGGAAGAAGAUGCUUUGUAUGGAAUGGUCCAGUGCCUUUGGUUACCAUUGCGGAACCAGAGCUAAUAAGGGAAGUGUUAAUGAAGAUACACGAGUUUCAAAAGCCAACUGGUAAUCCACUUUUAAAGAAGGUCGUCUCUGGUUUGGUUUUGUUAGAGGGUCAAAUGUGGGCCAAUCGCAGGAAGCUUCUCACUCCAGCUUUCCACAUGGAUAAGUUAAAGUAUAUGAUUCCUGCAUUGUGGGAAAGCUCUAAUUAUAUGGUAAAGGAGUGGGAAGAAAUGAUAUCGAGGACAGGUUCAUAUGAAAUUGAAGUGUGGUCUUAUUUACAUAAAUUAUCAGCUGAUCUCAUUUCUAGAGCCGCAUUUGGAAGUAGUUAUGAAGAAGGAAAGAGGAUAUUUGAACUUUUAACUGAACAACUUCAGAUUGCAGUUCCAGUUUUCAAUGCAGUUUAUAUUCCUGGUUGGAGGUUUGUCCCAACCAAGGCAAACAAAAGGAUAGUAGAGAUAGACGUGGAAAUCCGCACCCUUCUAAAAGGUGUUAUUGAAAAGAGGAAGAAGGCAAUAAAAGCAGGGGAAAAGCCUAAGGAUGACUUACUGGGAAUACUAUUGGAGACAAACUUUCAAGAUGACAUUGGACAUGGAAAUAAAAGAAAACAACGUAUUGAGUUGACAAUUGAGGAAGUAAUCAACGAAAGUAAGUUGUUUUACUUAGCAGGUCAAGGCACCACUUCUACGUUACUUGUAUGGACACUAAUCAUGUUGGCAAGGCAUCAUGACUGGCAAGCCCGAGCUCGUAAAGAGGUUUUAAACAUGUUUGGAGAUCGUAACCCUGACUUUCAGGGAUUGAAUCAUCUCAAAAUUGUAAACAUGAUACUACAAGAGGUUCUUAGGUUAUAUCCCCCUGUUUUAGAAUUACAGCGUACAGUUGAAGAAGAUAUUAGGGUCGGAGAUGUCUUCUUACCUGCAGGUGUGUUAGUUAAUCUUCCAAUACUACUUAUUCAACAAGAUGAAAAGCUUUGGGGCGAUGAUGCUAAAGAAUUUAAGCCAGAAAGGUUUAGUGAAGGAAUUUCAAAGGCGACAAAAGGGAACAUGUCAUUUUUCUCAUUUGGGUGGGGCCCAAGAAUAUGCAUUGGAUCAAAUUUUGCCAUGAUUGAAGCCAAAAUGACAUUAGCUUUGAUUCUACAACGUUUCUCUUUCGAGCUUUCGCCGUCUUAUGCUCAUGCUCCAUCCGCCAUUGGAGCUCUUAGACCUCAAUUUGACGCUCCAAUCAUCUUCAACAAACUAUAGGUUGAUUAUUAUUUUAUGUAACUUUAUUGAAAAAUAUCAUUUUGAUGUUUGUAUCUCCUUUUCUUUGGAAGUUUGUCAUCUUUGGAAGUGCGGACCGGGGAGGCCCAUCGAUGAUAAGCCCCUCCUAGAUGAUGUUUGUAUCUCCUUUUCUUUGGAAGUUUGUUCUGGCUUAUAAAAUUUCUAAUUUACAGAUUAAAAAAAUAAACUAACGCAGUAUAUUGUAUCGAUAACUUUUCUUCUCUUUUUGGAUCAACAUUUUCUUUUAA